UGGAGCUGGGAGAAGCCGGGACCGACCGGCACCGACUGGGUGGGGACACACCGGGCACCGGGCUGGGAACGGUGCUGGGGUCACGGAAGGGCAGAAGCGCAGCGGAAACCGAGCGCGGUUGUGUCGCAGCAGAGUCGCUGAUUUUCGCUUUCCCCGGCAGCGCCACCGGAGCCGUUUCCCGGUACCCGGUGUCCGGUGCCCGCCUCAGCCGCGCUCUCCCGUCCCGCCGCCACCGCCGCGAUGCUGCUGCUCCGGGCCAUGGCCGGCCGCAGGCUCCCGCCGCUGAUGCGGCUGCCCCGCGGCUGCUCCCGGUUGGCCGCCGGUAGCGCGGCCCCGGAGGGACACCGGGAAGCGACACCGAGGGGACACCCAGGAGCGACACCGGGGGGACACCGAGAAGCGACACCGGGGGGACACCGAGGAGCGGCCCCGGUGCUGGCGGCGCUGCUCGGACUCGGCGUCGUUGUGGCCUACGGAGAGCGGCGGCGGAGGACCGCCCAGGCCGCCCGGGCCGCCCCCGCCCCGCCGUUCCCCCGUUACACGCGGGCGGAGGUGGCGCAGCACCGCACCCCGGCGGAUCGCGUGUGGGUCACCUACGGCACCGACGUGUUCGACGUUACCGAAUUCGUGGAGCUGCACCCGGGGGGACCGGACAAGAUCCUGCUGGCGGCCGGGGGGGCCCUGGAGCCGUUCUGGGCUCUCUACGCCGUGCACGGCCAGCCCCACGUCCUGGAGCUGCUCCGCGAGUACAAAGUGGGCGAGCUGAGCCCCGAGGAGGCGGCGCCGCCACCGGGGGACGGCGCGGACCCGUUCGCCGGGGACCCCCCGCGCCACCCCGCGCUGCGGGUGAACAGCUCGAAGCCUUUUAACGCCGAGCCGCCCCCGGAGCUGCUCACGCAGAGCUUCCUGACGCCCAACGAGCUUUUCUUCACCCGCAACCACCUCCCGGUGCCCGCCGUGGAACCGGCGUCCUACCGGCUGCGCGUGGAGGGGCCCGGCGGCCGCGCGUUGUCGCUGUCGCUGUCGGAGCUGCGGCGGCGCUUCCCGAAGCACGAGGUGACGGCCACGCUGCAGUGCGCCGGUAACCGGAGAUCCGAGAUGAGCCGCGUCCGCCCGGUUAAAGGCUUGGCGUGGGACAUCGGCGCCAUCAGCACGGCGCGCUGGGGCGGAGCGCGGCUCCGGGACGUGCUGCUGGCCGCCGGCGUCCGCGACGGCGCCGAGAACGGCGAGUGGCACGUGUGCUUCGAAGGGCUGGACGCGGACGCUUCGGGGACGCCGUACGGGGCGUCCAUCCCGUUAAAACGGGCGCUGAGCGCCGACGCCGAGGUGCUGCUGGCGUACGAGAUGAACGGGCGGGAGCUGCCCCGGGAUCACGGCUUCCCGGUGCGCGUCGUGGUGCCCGGGGUGGUCGGGGCGCGGAGCGUGAAGUGGCUGCGGAGCGUGGCGGUGUCGCCCGAGGAGAGCCCGAGCCACUGGCAGCAGAACGACUACAAGGGCUUCUGUCCGUCCGUGGAUUGGGAUUCCGUGGAUUUCGGCUCCGCGCCCGCCAUCCAGGAGCUGCCGGUGCAGUCGGCGAUCACCGAGCCCCGGCCCGGAGCGGCCGUGCCCGCCGGGGAGCUGACGGUGAAGGGAUACGCGUGGAGCGGAGGAGGAAGGGAGGUGGUCAGGGUGGACGUGUCGCUGGACGGGGGCCGCACGUGGCGCGAGGCCGAGCUGGGCCCGCGGCCGGAGCGGGGCCGGGGCUGGGCCUCGCUGUGGGAGCUGCGGGCGCCGGUGCCCGCGGGGGCGCGGCUGGAGAUCGUCUGCAAGGCCGUGGACCGGAGCUACAACGUCCAGCCCGACACCGUGGGGCCCAUCUGGAACCUGAGAGGGGUCCUGAGCAACGCCUGGCACCGCGUCCCCGUCACCGUCACCAAGUGAGGGACACCAGGAUAUUGGGGUAUUGGGGCUUUGGGGACAUUGGGAACACAGCAGGGACAUUGGGGACACUGGGGACACCAGGGACAUCAGAGCUACAACGUCCAACCUGACACUGUCAGGGGGGCCCAUCUGGAACCUGAGAGGGGUCCUGAGCAACGCCUGGCAC